AUGCAACUAGCGUUUCUGGACUUUGAAGCAGCGUUCGACUCUCCUCACCGGGGCCGUUUUCUCAACGCGCUCCGCGCCGAUGGAGUACCAAGAAAGUUCGUUCGCUUGCUUGAUGACAUGAAUCAACGAACAACUGCUGCAGUUCGAACACCAGCCGGAUGUACAACACCGUUUGAAGUGGUAACUGGAGUAAGACAAGGAGCAGUGACAGGACCUUUCCUGUUCAACUUCGCAAUCGACGAUAUUAUGCGAGGAGCAGUCGACCAGUGUCCUGCCGACAUUGUUUUAGCACCAUCAGGGUGCCCCUUGACUGACUUCGAGUACGCCGACGAUGUUGUUAUAUUCGCGGAAAGCAGUACGAAACUUCAACAUGUUGUCAGCCUUGUAUCGAAGCCGGCUGAAGCCCAUGGACUACGCCCACGCUCUGAUAAAUGA